AUGGCUGAGGAUAAAAUGGAAAUGGCGUCUCCUUAUCAGGGGCACGUCGACGAUUUUGACAUCGACAUCGACAUUAUGGAAGACCAGGCUUCAACUACAGACAAGGACAUGAUGUUAGCGGACGACUUUCAAGAACCUUCUAACGAGGUCAAUAAUGACCAGGAGGGUGCGCAUGAUGCGGACAUGAUCGACGAUAUUGCAGAACCGACGAUGGCUGACGCGGAAGACGCUUUCGCUGACGAAGGCUACAAUAUCGAGAUGCAAUACGGGUCCGACAGGGAUUACGAAGCCGAUAUGAUAGAAGACGACUACGAUGAAGAUCUCGAUGCUCCGGUCAUGGACGCUGAUGCCCAGCCCUCUCUUGAACAAUCCAACAAUCACGCAGAACAAGGACAAGGUUCCCCCGAUGGGAAUGCCGCUGUAGACGGACAAAAGGAAUCUCACGAAGAGCUUCACCAAGAACCCCACGAAGAACCUCGGGCUGAACAGGUAUCCGAGGCCUUGCCAAGUCAGCAUGAUGAAACUCAGCUAGUAAAGAAGCAUUCACAUGAGUCUGCGGCAAAUCAAGCCGAAGACGGGCAACUUGAAGAUGGGCAACUCGAAGAUGGGCAACUCGAAGAUGGGGAGGUGAACGAAAGUCCUCUCAAUACCAAUGAAGCAGAACACGAAGAUUCAAAUCUCGCACAAGCCGAACAGCAGGUCAACAACGCUACAGAACCAAUCCAGCCUCAGGCAUCGGAAAGCCAUUCUGACGAGGCUGCGUCCCGCCCAAACGUGGAAGAAGGAGAGAAGAGGGAAGAAGUGGUCGAGGAGGUAGAGCAAGAGGCUAAAGAAAUUGAUGGCCAAGAAGUUGAGCCAAUCGAGACUAAGAACGUGGAAGAGGCAGAAAACGAGGUAACGGCUGGUCAGGAUGUUCAACAGCAAGCUGAGCAAGCGGUUGAGGUGACAGAACAUGAAGCUCUAUACCCGGUUAAAGUAUAUUACCAGGAAACCGAGAUAUCUCUCUUCCCUCCUAGGGAAGGCGAUUCUUCGGAGACAUUUUUCUUGGAAGAUGAAAAUCUCGCGUACGGUCCUUUUGCCGAUCUCCUCGAAGCAUGCCGCAAUGUUCUCCAGGAGCAUGUUGGAGAGAAGGACGUGCUUAUCAUGGAUGUGGAUGCCUUGAAUCUCCAGCUUGCAGAGGAUUCUACGCACAUGGGCGACAUUACACUAUUUCAAAUAGUUGAUCUGUAUUUGCGGUUAUGCCAUAAUGAGGGCAUUGAUGAACCAGAGCCUCUUUACCUUUCACUUAGCACCCGACUAACGCCGUCCGCCGAGCUGUCUGAUCUUCUUGCAGCAGCCAACGAAGGGAAGGGACUUACAGAUAUUCAUACUUGGGAUAGUUACGCAGAAGUUGAAGCUGUCUCUGCAGAGUUCUAUGAAGGAAUUGACGAAGUGCCUCAUUCUGAUUUGCCACAGGAAGAAGAACACGCUUUCGAACCCGAAGAGGAUAAACAUGUCGGUACAGAGAUACCUGAAAGUGUCUCCCAUCGUCAACAAUGUUCCAAAGAGAAUGACGGCGAGAGCAAUGUUGAGGAUCACCAGCCAUCAGGAGCAGUACCUUCGGCUGAUGGCGUCGAUGAGAAUGCAUCUGGAGAAGGCAUCAAUGGUGAGGUCGAAGCUGAAGCUGAAGGCCAAACAGCUAUCUCUGAACACAACGAGGAAGAAUCGCUCCAACUCGAGGAACAAAGCCAGUCAAGUGCUACGGUCACUCAACUACCGCCCGCUGAGAUGGCAGAAGAGCAACAGGCAGAUGGCGAGUCCGCUAGUGUUGCAAAUGAACAGCGUGAUGAGAACGAGUACGAGUAUAACGAUGUCGAUGCUGAUCCUGUUGAAUCUUAUUCUGAGGAAGAUGCUCAUGUUCAAGACAUCGAAUCAUUGGAAGUUGACCAGCUUGAGACUGGCGAAGAUGCUGAGGCAGCCCAGCUUGAACAACCUCCUGCUUUAGAGGAAGGUCCCCAGUCUCUUGAGGAAAAUUCUACUGUAGCCUCUCCAAGUCAUGAGGACGCCAAGGACACGCCGUUGCUUGGCGAUGAUGCUGCGGCUUCGCACGAAGCCUCAGAAGAUGACCUCAAUGAAAGUUUUCAAGAUGGAGCAGACACCAAUUCCCGGCCAACUUUGGACUUGGGAGAUGAUGCGAUAGAUUUUGUGGAUAACCUGCCGGAAAGUCCCCGCAAAUAUUCCGAGGACGAGGAAGGGGAAGUCGCCAAUGCGGAUGAGUUCGAAGAUCUCGGAGAAUUCGAUAACGAAACCGAGCAGACACCACUUUUAACCGCCGAUGACGACGACGAGGAUUUUAAGAAGUACCUGGAUGCGUUUCGAAACGAGUCAGGCGAAUUUGCAGAUGAAGCUUCUGGUAAAGCCCCCAGUCAUCCCUCCAUCAAACGCCACAGGGAACCGGAAGACGAAGUUGAGUUGAUUGAAACGCCUUCACCUGAUGCCAAACGAUCCCGAUCCUCAUGA